AUGUCAUCUCAGGAACCAUACGUCACCGUCGUUGGCUCAGGGCCUGCAGGUCUUCUACUGAGUCUGAUUCUUGCGCAGAACAAGAUACCUGUAACCCUGGUUGAGAAAGCAGAUACGCUAGACAAGCAGCCGCGAGCAACUCACUAUGCUGGGCCAGCCGUGAGCGUGUUGCGCCGAGCAGGCGUCAUGGACGACAUCGCCGCCAAAGGCUUCUUCCCUGAGAAGCUUACUUUUAGGACUUUUGACAACAAGGUCCUGGCCACCAUAGAUCACACCGGCGUAUCCGAUGAUCCAGAUAGGCUUGUUUGUCUGCCUUUGAACCAGCUCGGUCAGAUUCUGCUCUCGCACCUCCAAAAGCAUCCGAAUGCCACCAUACUCUGGAACCAUGAAGUUACCGAUAUCAAGGACGACAACGGGACAGGAGUCGUCACUGUCACCGCCCCCGAUGGUUCAAAAGAGCUUCGUGCCCGUUACGUUGUUGGAUGCGACGGCGCCAACAGCAAGGUUCGGCGGCUGUUGUUCGGCGACUGGGAAUUCCCGGGGAAGACGUGGGACACACAGGUUGUGGCAACUAAUGCCUAUUACGACUUUUACAAGUUCGGCUACGAAGAUGCCAAUUUUAUUAUCGAUCCCGAACAUUGGUACAUGGCUGCCAGGAUCACCAGGGAUGGAAUGUGGCGUGUCAGCUAUGGUGUGCCCGCCAGCCUGACCAAAGAAGAGCUAUUGGAGCAGCGGGACGAGAAGUGGAGGAAUAUGCUUCCUGGGAACCCUUCUCCCGAGGACUAUCGCAUCACCAACUUCAGUCCCUACAAAGUACACCAAAGACUAGCAGAGUCGAUGAGAGUGGGCCCGUUUGUCCUCGCAGCGGAUGCCGCUCACCUUUGCAACCCGUUUGGCGGCCUCGGUCUCACGGGUGGGAUCGUGGACGUCGGCGGGCUAGCCGACUGCUUGAUCGGGCUGUACGAGGGCAAAGCGGAUAACAGCAUUCUCGACAUCUACUCGAAAGUGCGACGCGAGAAAUAUUCGCAGUUUAUCGAUCCCAUAUCGAGUGCCAACCUUCUCCGCAUGUUUGACAAGGACCCGAGCACGGUAUCGCAGCGAGAUGAGAGCCUACAGAUGAUCAACGGCGUCAAGGAUGAUCCCACCAAGAUGAAGGAGCUCAUCGGUGGUAUCAACGUGAUCACGUACGAUUUCACCCAACAUUACAGAUCCAAGUGA